AUGUUCCUAUUUCCUUCUGAUGCAUCCUCUUCACAAUGGCCAUCCGGAUUAGCCAAGGACAUAUCACCCAAAAUAUUUUCUACAGCUAAACACGACCACCAACACGAUGAACAAUCCUCUCCAAAACAUGCUAUGGAUCAAAAGCUUCUAUCUCAUGCUGCUGUCAUUGACAUGAAAAUUUUUCAUCCCAAAUAUAACAAACCGACCGAGCAAGAAGUAGCUAGAGAUAUAGAAUAGUAUUAUUAGAUCUGAAACCUAGAAACAUUCUAUUCUUUCCAAUAAAAAUAAAAGCGUAAACCAUUACCAGCCUAAUAAGAAUGGGAAACCAAAUAAAUAAAGAACAUAUUACUGGUCCAUAAUUUUAAAGACGCCUUUUUUUGCUGCUGAUGACCAAACUUCUUAACAAUAAACUAGCUUAAAGGUCACCUUUACGCUACUUUUAAUCUUCAUAAUAUGUCGGUGCCUGACCUUUAUGGUUCCAUAUAAAGAAUAUCAAAAUAGAUACGCAGUUUUAAAAAACUUUCUUUUUAUAUAUCAAGUCAGAUAAGUAUAUCUAAAGUGCUAACAAACCUUACCUGCGGCACCCCCCACCCACAAUUCUGCUAGUUGACUCUAGUCAUUCCACUAUCUGUGAAGGUCACCUUCAGCACAAGUGGAAAAAAAAUCAACUAAUUUAAAUAUGGAAAUUACACUACACUAUACC